AUGGCUGCGAAGCUGCGAGCGCAUCAGGUGGACGUGGACCCGGACUUCGCGCCGCAGAGCCGGCCGCGCUCGUGUACCUGGCCCCUGCCGCAGCCCGACUUGGCCGGCGACGAGGACGGAGCGCUGGGCGCAGGGGUGGCUGAGGGCGCCGAGGACUGCGGGCCGGAGCGCCGGGCGACGGCCCCGGCGAUGGCCCCAGCGCCGCCGCUGGGCGCGGAGGUCGGACCGCUGCGGAAAGCGAAGAGCUCCCGGCGGAACGCGUGGGGGAACCUGUCCUAUGCCGACCUCAUCACCAAAGCCAUCGAGAGCGCCCCGGACAAGCGGCUCACGCUCUCGCAGAUCUACGACUGGAUGGUCCGCUACGUGCCCUACUUCAAGGAUAAAGGCGACAGCAACAGCUCGGCCGGCUGGAAGAACUCCAUCCGGCACAACCUGUCUCUGCACACCCGUUUCAUCCGCGUGCAGAACGAGGGCACCGGCAAGAGCUCGUGGUGGAUGCUGAACCCCGAGGGCGGGAAGACAGGGAAGACCCCGCGGCGCAGGGCCGUGUCCAUGGACAACGGAGCCAAGUUCCUACGCAUCAAGGGCAAGGCAAGCAAGAAGAAGCAGCUGCAGGCACCCGAGCGGAGCCCGGACCACAGCCCCCCGGGCGCGCCUGCCCCAGGCCCAGUGCCUGUGGCUGCCAAGUGGGCCGCCAGCCCAGCCUCGCACGCCAGCGACGACUAUGAGGCGUGGGCUGAAUACCGCAGCGGCGGGAGACCUCUCCUCGGGGAGGCGGCCGAGCUGGAGGACGACGAGGCCCUGGAGGCCCUGGCGCCGUCGUCGCCGCUCAUGUACCCCAGCCCCGCGAGCGCGCUGUCGCCGGCGCUGGGCGCGCGCUGCCCAGGGGAGCUGCCCCGCCUGGCCGAGCUGGGAGGCCCGCUGGGCCUGCACGGCGGCGGUGGCGGCACAGGGCUGCCAGAGGCCUUGCUAGACGGCGCGCAGGACGCAUACGGGCCGAGGGCCCGCGCCGGGACGCCCGCCUACUUCAGUGGUUGUAAGGGCGGCGCCUACGGCGGGGGCGGGGGCUUCGGGCCGCCGGCGCUGGGCGCGCUGCGCCGCCUGCCCAUGCAGACCAUCCAGGAGAACAAGCAGGCCAGCUUCGCGCCGGCCGCCGCGCCCUUCCGCCCGGGGGCGCUGCCCGCGCUGCUGCCGCCGCCGCCCCCAGCGCCCAGGCCGGGCCCGGUGCUGGGUGCGCCCGGGGAGCUGGCGCUGGCGGGCGCGGCCGCCGCCUACCCCGGCAAGGGGGCCACCCCGUACGCGCCGCCCGCGCCCUCGCGCAGUGCCUUAGCCCACCCCAUCAGCCUUAUGACGCUGCCCGGCGAGGCGAGCGCCGCAGGCCUCGCGCCGCCCGGCCACGCCGGCGCCUUCGGGGCUCCGCCGGGCGGCCUCCUGGACGCACUGCCCGGGCCGUACGCAGCGGCCGCCGCCGGGCCGCUGGGUGCCGCGCCCGACCGCUUCCCGGCCGACCUGGACCUCGACAUGUUCAGCGGGAGCCUGGAGUGCGACGUCGAGUCCAUCAUCCUCAACGACUUCAUGGACAGCGACGAGAUGGACUUCAACUUCGACUCGGCUCUGCCGCCGCCGCCGCCCGGCCUGGCGGGCGCCCCGCCGCCCAACCAGAGCUGGGUGCCGGGCUGA